AUGUCUAGUUGCAAAGGGAAAGUUAUAACAGUGCAAGGCAUUGUAGACCCAUCUAGCUUGGGUGUGGUACUCACUCACGAGCAUCUUUAUGCGCAAGUGCCCUUUUUCUACUCCCCACCAAAGAGCAGUCUUUCACAGAAAUUAUUAAAUGCUCCAUUUGAGAUGAAGAACUUGUACUGGAUACGUCAAAAUCCGUACACCCAUGUUCCUAAUCUAACUCUCUAUGGGGAGCUGGAUGCUGUGACUGAAGAACUGAAAUUCUUUAAGGAAAAUGGUGGAGGAACCAUUGUGGAAAACUCAACAGUAGGGCUUCACUCAGACACCCUCUACUUGAAGCAUCUGUCAGAUUCUACUGGGGUGAACAUUGUCUGUGGUACAGGAUUCUAUGUUGAAACAGCCCAAGAAGACCUGGUACGCAGUUACAAUGAAGAAAAAAUGGCAGACAAGAUGAGACAUGACAUACUUGAAGGAGUCGACGGUGUUAGAUGUGGCAUCAUUGGUGAAAUCGGUACAUCAUGGCCAGUGACAGAGUUUGAAAAGCGAUCACUAAGAAGCAGCGCACAGGUACAAGAGGAGCUUGGAUGUCCAGUCAUUAUCCAUCCUGGUCGAAAUGAACAGGCACCAAGUGAAGUUGUGAGAUUAUUUCAGGAGGCAGGAGGGAAGGCAGAGCAUUCCGUCAUGUCUCAUCUUGAUAGGACAUUUUUUGACAUGUCUACUUGGUUAGAGUUUGCCGAGCUGGGGUCCUACAUUGAGUUGGACUUGUUUGGUACAGAAGUGUCCUACUACCAACUGAAUGAAGCCGUAGACAUCCCCAGUGAUGCCCAGAGAAUCCAGACAAUUAAAAACCUGCUUGAUGAAGGAUAUGAAGAUAAGAUUGUUCUGAGUCAUGACAUACACACAAGACAUAAACUGAUAAAAUAUGGAGGUCAUGGCUACUCUCAUAUAUUACUCAAUGUUGUACCCAAGAUGCUUCAGAGAGGAAUAACCCAAGAUCAAGUGGAUAAGAUGAUCAAGUUCAACCCCCAAAAGUGGCUUCAGUUUUUCAAGUGA